GGUGUGAGGGGCGGGCCGUACCACGGGGCCGCGGGCGGGAGGGGGGGCCGCGGCCUGUGCGCGAGGAGCCGUGUGGCGGCGCGCGGGCUCUCGGUGUCUCCGGCCGGACCGGGCCCAGCGCAGCCCCAGCCCCGUCACGGGCCCCGCCGCCCGCCCGCGACCCUGCCCGACCGCGCCCGGCCCCCGGCCCGCUCAAUGCCCACGGUGUUCUGUCGGAGGCUCCUUGGCACCUUUAUGGCGAUUCUGAGCGUCAGGGCAGAUUUCUGCCAGGCCCAGCACGGCGCCCUGGCCGCCGAGUGAUCCCGGCGCGUCCCUCGCCCUCCGGGAAGGCAGCAGGCCCCGGCUCAGAUUUAUGGGAUUGCUCCCGGCCCCGGCAGCGGAUUCCCGGCUCAGAUUUAUGGGAUUGCUCCCGGCCCCGGCAGCGGAUUCCCGGCUCAGGUUUAUGGGAUUGCUCCCGGCGCUGGCAGCGCGUUCCCGGCACCGCCUGCGGCCCGGCUCAGCCCCAGCAGCAGCCAGAGGAGCCCCGGCCUCCCUCAGCGGUGCCUCCAUGUAGGACAGGCUGCCCGUGGGGGGACUUUGGGAGCCUGAAGGAAAGCACCCCGCCAGCACCCGAGGGUUUGGAAUCAACCUGCUUUUCCCAGGAGCGAAAUCCCCGAGGAACAAACCCAUCCCAGCGAGCUCUGAUCCAUCCCAGGCCUAUUAGUGAUCUUUUGGAUGUUUUCUGCUGUGAAACGUUUCCAAGGUCAUUGAUUUUUGUUUUGUUUUGUUUUGUUUCGCCGCCUUUAUUUUGAUUUUUUUUUCUUUUUUUUUGGUUUUUUUUUCCUUUUUUUUUUUGGCCCCUCACGCGUUUUGGUUUUUUUUGCCAUUAUGAACCGUCCAGCCCCCGUGGAAAUUACUUAUGAAAAUCUACGUUUCCUGAUCACUCACAACCCAACCAAUGCAACCCUCAGCAAGUUCAUCGAGGAGCUGAAGAAGUACGGGGUGACAACCUUGGUGCGAGUUUGUGAUGCCACUUAUGACCAAGCUCCAAUCGAGAAAGAAGGAAUCCAAGUUCUAGACUGGCCGUUCGAUGACGGCGCGCCGCCCCCCAGCCAGGUGGUGGAGGACUGGCUGAGCCUGCUGAGGAGCAAGUUCCGCGAGGAGCCGGGCUGCUGCGUGGCCGUGCACUGCGUGGCGGGGCUGGGCAGGGCUCCCGUUCUGGUGGCACUUGCUCUCAUUGAGUGUGGAAUGAAGUAUGAGGAUGCAGUUCAGUUUAUAAGGCAGAAAAGGAGGGGAGCUUUCAAUUCCAAGCAGCUGCUUUACCUGGAGAAGUACCGGCCCAAGAUGAGAUUACGCUUCAAAGAUGCCAACGGUCACUGCUGUGUUCAAUAAAUAAACACAAAAACCAAACUCUUGAUCUCAAAAGGAAGGCAGAAGUGAGCGGGGGGCUCUUCUCUGGACUCUUGGCACCUGGAAAUGUGAAUCUGGAAUCAAAAAAAAAGGAAAAAAAAAGUCAUUAAAUUAGUGGUGGAGUCAGUGCUCCUCAACCUCUGUCCUUAAAAACAAAAAGGGUGAUGAUGAUUGAGAGAAAAAACCCCAAAAUUAGAAAAAUAUAAUAAUAAUAAUAAUAAAGCCAAUUAAGAGAAACAUUUCAGUGAAGGAUUGUUUUCUCCUUAAGCUGCAACCUGCAAAGGAGAAAAGCAGUUUCUGAACCUUCUGUAUUUUUAACUUUUUAAGAAAAGAAAUAAAGUCAACUUUAUGUCUAAGGAAAA